CGGAGCGCCCAUGUAGGAAUGUGGAAGCGCCCGUUGUACUUGGCAAGCCGCAUGUGACGUCCCUGGAAUGCUCACCACACCAUGUCUCUGCUACACACCAACAUCCAACUACCAUCUCACAUCGCACUCGAACCUUUGAACGUCUGAAUCCAAGUCGAUGGCGCAUACCAACGGCACUGAAGUUGUCCCUACGCUCCCGGAACCUAGCCGCCCCUCGAAAGGUGAGCUGAAGCCCGAGGAGUUCUGGUGGCGCGACCGGCAGAAAUGGCUCGAGGACCAAGGCUAUGUACUUCGUGCCCGCUACAAACCGGACUGGCUGCCGUCGUGGAAGACGUCGCACAAGCCGUACUGGAAAUGCGAGGACGGACAGCCGAUCAUGGUUCCCCAUAUACUCGACGCGACACGGCUGUCCGACGGCGAACCCGUGGUGUUGAAGAGGAUCCUCACCAGUCAACACCCGUACGAGGUUGAAAUCACACGCUUCCUAUGUUCUGAGCCGCUGGCCUCGGACUCUCGCAAUCACUGUGUGCGCCUCUAUGAUGUUCUAGACGUACCGAACGAAGAUGACAUGGUGGUCUUGGUUCUGCCCCUGUUACGUCGAUAUGACAGUCCACCCUUCGAAACGGUCGGAGAAGCGGUCGACUUCUUCACUCAAGUGCUCGAGGGCCUACAACUCAUGCAUCAUCACCAUGUCGCGCAUAGGGAUUGCAUGAAUCAAAACAUCAUGUUGGAUCCCAAACCGCUCUAUCCGGAGCCGUAUCACCCUCGCGUCAUCGACUGGACCCGGGACCUCUCGCGACCCGUGAAGCACCACAUGCGUACGACUCACCCGACCCGGUACUUUUUCAUCGACUUCGGACUAUCGCGCAGGUACGACCCCGCCGGCGGCGCGCCGCGCGAGCCCCCGAUACUCGGCGGGGACAAGUCCGUGCCGGAGUUCCGCAGGGCAGCGGGUGCACCGUGCGACCCGUUCCCGACGGACGUCUAUUACCUCGGAAACCUCUUCCGCGAGGACUUCUUGCAGAUGUAUCAUGGCGUGGAGUUCAUGCAGUCUCUGGUCGACGACAUGGUCCGGGACGAGCCCAAGGAACGACCGACCAUCGACGAGGCGCUCUCGCGGUUCCAGGAGAUCUGCGCGUCGCUCAGUUCAAGAAAGCUACGGUCUCGGCUCGUGGCUAGAGACGAGAAUCCGGUGGAGCGCGUCGUCAAGGGCGUCAAGCAUGCUCUUGGGAGCACGCGGAAAGUGUCUCAUCCUGUGUCGGCCGUGAACAGCGGAAGAGAACAGUCGCCCGCGUAACGAGCACGCUUGUUGUGUCAGUUGGAUGUCCAGCAAUACAAGCUAGCUCAAGGAUUACUCCAGUGUGCACGGUGAUACGUGUCAUCCGCUUUGUGAGUCGAAUCAAUGUUGUUGUUGAUGUCUGACCUUGUCUGAGAUCUAUUGGCGGUACAUGUAUUAUUAUAUG